UACCUUUUUCAUAUACACAAGCAAUCCCAUAUAUUGGACAUAUCAUUCAAUAUAAACAUUACAAUCUUAGACUAUAAAAAAGAAGGAAAACCGUACAAUACAAGGAAACCAUUCCAAUGUCCGAAGCUAAUGGCUCUGAUAAUGUUCGCUACCCUAUGGCUGUGCGCACAAUUGCCACGGAGGGGGAGAUCUUGAGUAAGAUGGCGGAGUGUGCGAAGCGGAUUGCGAAUGACUACAAGGCCUACGACCUUAGUUCAGAUAAUCCGAUCAUACUGGUGUGUGUUCUCAAGGGAUCUUUUCUCUUUACUGCUGAUCUUUGUCGAUUUAUGGCCGAUGAGGGGAUCCCUGUGAAGAUGGAGUUUAUUUGCAUUAGCUCCUAUGGGAGUGGUGUGCAGACGUCUGGGCAAGUGCGUUUGUUGUUGGAUGUGCGGGAAAGCGUUGAGAAUAGGCACGUUCUGAUCGUGGAGGAUAUCGUGGAUACGGCAACAUCUCUUAUAUAUAUCAAAAGCAUAUUUUCAAGCAAAAAGCCGGCGUCUCUGAAGUCUGUGGUAUUGCUUGACAAACCAAAUGCGCGCAAGAAUCCCUUUAUUCCGGAUUAUUCUAUUUUUACAGUACCUAAUGUUUUUGUUGUAGGUUACGGUUUGGAUUAUGCUGAGUCUUUCCGUGAGCUGCGUGAUGUGGUUGAACUAGAUAAGAAGUACUAUUCAAACGGCUCUCAUAUUUAGAAAAUAAGGGGACAGCAAAUGUAUAGUUUUAUGUAAUUUGAGAAGCAUGUUUUUUUCUUUAUAUUAUUAUUAUACAGUAUAAAUAAAAUUGAAAUUUCAGCACUAGCUUUAAUAUAAAAUAAUUUUUUAAAUACAUUGCAUGUUGAUUCACAAUGUAUAAUUUUUUUCAUGAAAAAAUUGAUAAGUUGAAUCUAGUUUUAUUUUCAUUAUAUUAAGUAAGGGUAAAAAACUGAGCCAUACUUUUGCGGGGCCCAUCAUUUCUGGUAUAAAGCACUUUGAUGCUCACGAGGUGGCGCGUUUGCUCUUUU